UGUAAACUCUAAAAGGACAUUUUCCUCUGAAUGUAGCUAAUCUCUCAUCGACUGUGAUAUUUUCACCAGGUAAAGAAAAUCAAAAUGGGAAACUUGUGUUGUUGUUUCUCUAAAACUUCAUACGAAAAAGUAGAUCCAGAGACAGCCAUCAUACCAUGUGAUAAUGCUGGUUUUUCUAAUUCCGAUGAAAAUCCCAUUACUUCAACAAAUGAUCCUAUAUUUACCAUAGAAACUGAAUUAAGACGAAGUUCAUCAAGAAAAUCAAAUCGAACACAAAUAGAUAACAACAGAAGAAUUCCAUCUCCAGAAACCAGUACUAGUGUCGAAAAUGAAAAUGCCACAGAGUUCAAACGCUCAAGUUCUGUCAAUUCAAAUUCAAAUCGGCUCGAUGGCUUUAAAACAGAGUCAAACGUUUCAAUAAAUAAAGUUAAACGAGAUAUGGAUACCCUAAGAAUAAGCUAUGCCAGCUCUAAACAAGCACAUAGAAUAAUUCAGCCUAAACGAGAGCAGGAAAUUCUAGAGGAAGUCUCAUCAAGCAAACAUAAAAAUGACAAUUUGUCAGAAGAAAAGAGAAAAAUUUCUAAUGCUGAAUUGUUGCACCAUAGAAGUCAUACAGUGUUACAGAGUUUCCGAAACUUGGUUAUUUCACAAACAUCCACUGGUACAAAAGUUGUUCAAGACAACAAUCUACUAAAUGAAAUAUAUCAAGCUUAUAGUUCAAGAACUUUAACUAAAUUGAUGGACAAUCAAAAUGUUUACAACUUAGAGAUUCUAAACGAACUUUCUAACGAGUUUAAAACAGUUAAACGACUUUUCUUUAGCACAAAUAAAAAGUUUUUUAGAGUUCAUAACAUUGAGAGAGUACAUAAUCCAUAUUUAUUGAUGCAAUAUGAACUUAAAAAAUUGGAAUAUGUGAAAAGGGGAAUAAGUCUUGAAGAGAAACUCUUAUUUCAUGGUACGCAGAAAUCUAAUAUUGACGGUAUUUGCCAAGAGAAUUUUAAUUGGAGAUUAAAGGGUUCUUAUAAAGGAUAUAUAUUUGGACAAGGUGUUUCAUUUUCACCAAUUGCCUAUUAUUCCACUCACUAUGGAGAUAAUACUUACAACAAAGUGAUGAUUCUAGCCUCAGUUCUAGUAGCCAACUGUUGUAUAGGAUCAGCAAACAUGAAGAUACCUCCAUUUGGUUAUGAUACAAGUGUCAAAGAAAAUUACCACGUCUAUGUUAAAUAUGAUGAUAAUACAUAUUACCCACGAUAUCUUAUACAUUAUGGAGGAAAUGAUUACAAACAGCAUUAGUAUUAU